AUGUCAUGUCUACCAGAUGAACCCAAAAUUUCCCCGUCCAAGUACUUCGUAGGGCAUACCGACCCAUUAACAUGUGUAGCUCUUUUUCCAGACAGCAAAAUGAUGAUUAGUGGUUCCUAUGACCGUAGGAUUCGCCUUUGGGAUAUAGGAAGUGGGCAAGCAUCAGGGGAAUUCCUUCGGGGACACAAGGUUUCAGUAAAUGUGGUUGCCGUGUCACCUGAUGGGACGAUGUUUGUGAGCGGAGGCGGGGACGGCAGAAUCUUGAUAUGGAACGCAACG